AUGGCAACGGCAUCGGAGAAGACCACAAGGAAGUUUACUGUUGACUGUACAAAGCCGGCAUCCGACAGUCUCGUCUCUCCUUCGGACCUGGGGGCAUUUCUUCAACAGAAGAUCAAAUGCCACAUGGGAAAGAAGGAAAAGCUUCUCCAGAUCGAGGUGAGCGGGAACAUUGUUGAAGUGAAUGUCACAGGAGGAUUUAUACCAAAGCGGGGAAUAAAGUGGCAGAUAGCAAGGUUUCUACAUAUGAAGAAGCUUAGGGCUUUCAUCAAGAUUUUUGCACAAGGGCCAGAUGGAUUUGAACUCAAGUAUAUUAAUGUUGAGGAAGGUAAGGAAGAAUAA